CUUCUGACCUUCUUCACAGCUUGAUGGACCCAUAUUCCCCGUUGGCAGACGUGCUUCGAAGCCAGCAUGACCACGUCAAGAUAGCGGUGGACGUCGAAGUCACUGCGCUGGACGGCGUAGCACCAGCGGCAGACACCGCCGACGCAUCCAGCUGGAUCCUGGCCGUCGUUGCCAAUGUCGACAAGGGCUUCGAAGAGACGGCGCUGCUCGUGCUGAAGCGGAGGAGAAAGGACCAGAGCAAGGCAAAGGUUGUUGAUGCGCUGCCCGUGCUCAAGGACUUUCGCUGCUCGAUUGCCCAGGCUGCUUUAGACGACGGCAAGGAGAAUAGCUCGGCCGGCGGUGCUGCAAUCGAGGACGUGGGCAUGUCGCCUGCGCUGAGUGAGCUCGGAACCAGCAGCAGGCUUCGCUUGACGCUCCUGCUCGGCGGCAAGGCCGUCGUGGCAUCUUCAGACGAUGCGCAAAACAUCAAGGACCUUCUGUCCGUUCUUCGCGCCUCGGUUGAGGUCGCUGAGGACCACUCGGAUGAGCUCUCGCAUGACUGGCUUCGGCACUAUGUCGACGACUACAAACACAACUCCACCGACGGCGCUGCCUCUGCGCCCAUCUUCUCGCGCUUCACGCAGUCUGCCCUGUUCCCCACGCCCCCUUCCUCCUCCUCCUUGCCAGCAUCGCCAGCAUCAGCAGGACCGAGGCAGAGGGCGCCGUCGCCCGCGGCCGACGAGGUCAAGAUCACCAUUGGCACCUUCAACGUCAAUGGCCAGGCACCCACGGCCGCCACGCCUCUCGGCGCCUGGCUGCACCCCGAGGACGAGCCGGACAUCCUCGUCGUCUCGCUCCAGGAAGCCGAUGCCUCGAGCCUGUCGUACGUCUACUGGACGCCGCACGUGCAGGAAGCCUGGGACGGUGCCGUGCGUGGCGUGCUUGCGCGGCGGGCCGGCGAAUACGAGAGGGUGGCGGCGCGGCAGCUCGUGGGCAUCCUCCUCUUUGUCUAUGUGCGCAGGGAGCUCCUGCCGCGCCUCUCGCACGUCGCCCUCACCUCGCUCGGCGUCGGUCUCGGUGGCUGGGCGGCCAACAAGGGCGCCGUCGCUGCGCGCUUUGAGGUCGAUGGCACGUCGCUGUGCUUCGUCGCCAGCCACCUCUCGGCGUUUGAGGGUGGCGAGGCGCGCGAGCGGCGGCGGUGGGACUAUGGCGAGAUUGUGAGGAGGCUGAGCUUCACGUAUGCGCUCGACGACGACGACGACGACGGCGGCGAUAGCGACGAGAGCAGCAAGGCGCACCAAGCGGCGGAGGAUCCUGCCUCGACAAAGGAGCAAGUGGCAAAGAAGCACGUAGGGAGAGAGAGGAAUGCGCUGGACUUGACGAUGGCUGAGCCAGACGCGGCGACGCUCCUGCAAGCUCAGCUGCAAGCGUCGCUGGAUGCCGAAGCAGCAGCAGCAGCAGCAGCAGCAGCAGCAGACCCCGUCUUGAACGAAGAAGCGACCAUCUUUGACCAUGACGUUGUCUUCUGGGCUGGCGACCUCAACUUCCGCCUGGAGCUGCCCAUUGGCGAGAUCAAGCGCCUGAUUCGGAAGCGCAUGUUCGAAGGUGCCCUCCUCCGUUUCGACGAGCUGAGGAGCGAAAUGAGCGCCAAGAGCUGCUUCGAAGGCUUCCAGGAGCAGCCCAUCGCCUUUGCGCCCACGUACAAGUUCGACAGAGGCACCGACGAGUACGACACGAGCGAAAAGAAGCGCAAGCCAGCGUGGACCGACCGGAUCCUGUGGCGGUGCAGGUCAUCGUCAUCAUCAUCAUCAUCAUCAUCAUCAGAAGUCAGGCCAGUCUCUUACGAGAGCGCUCCCGAGGUCCUGCUCUCGGACCACAAACCCGUCUCGGCCUGCUUCAUUGUCAAGAUUGGUUCAGAGUAAUGUUGAAGAGCACUGCAAUGUAUUUCUACGCCAUGCAAAACAUCUUUUU